AUGGCGGACGAAAUGGGCAAGGUCGAAACAGAGGUAAACGAAGCGAACAAUCAGAAGAAGAAGCACAAGGGAAAGCACGACAAACCGAAGCCAUGGGACGACGACCCAAACAUCGACCAUUGGAAGGUCGAGAAGUUCGACCCUUCGUGGAACGAAAGCGGCAUGCUUGAAGUCAGCGAGUUCGCAACCCUCUUUCCUUCAUACAGAGAAAAGUACAUACGGGAUGUUUGGCCAAUGGUGAAAUCCGCCUUGAAAGAACAUGGCAUUGAAGGCAGGCUCGACCUGGUUGAGGGGUCAAUGACUGUCUUAACUACUAGAAAGACGAGGGACCCUUACAUAAUUAUCAAGUCAAGGGAUCUUCUUAAGUUGCUAUCCAGAGGUGUCCCUGCACCUCAGGCUAUCAAGAUUCUCAAUGAUGAAAUGCAAUGUGAUGUUAUCAAGAUUGGCGGUAUGGUUCAUAAUAAGGAGCGUUUCGUUAAACGAAGGCAACAUCUUGUUGGGGCAAAUUCAUCUACUUUAAAGGCGCUUGAAAUCUUGACAGGCUGUUAUAUUCUAGUCCAGGGACACACGGUUGCUGCUAUGGGUUCAUUUAAAGGUUUAAAACAAGUUAGAAAGAUUGUAGAGGAAUGCAUGUUAAACAAGAUGCAUCCUGUACACCAUAUAAAGAUUCUGAUGAUGAAGAAAGAACUUGAAAAUAAUCCAGCAUUGAAGAAUGAGAGUUGGGACAGAUUUCUUCCCAAGUUCAAUAAGAAGAAUGUUCAGCGAAAGAAGCCUAAGAAGAAAGAAAAGAAAGAAUAUACUCCAUUCCCUCCUCCUCAACAACCCAGCAAGGUUGAUAUUCAACUAGAGACUGGAGAGUACUUCUUGAGUGAACAAAAGAAGACAGCAAAGAAAUGGCGAGAGAAACAGGAUAAACAAGCUGAAAAAUCUGCUGAAAACAAGAGAAAAAGAGAGGAGGCCUUUGUUCCUCCAAAGGAAACUGUGAAGGGAAAUACCAGUAAGUCGGAGGAGGAAGACCUGGCCACCAUGACCAUGUCCAUCAAGCAAAAGGCAAAAGAUUUUGUGAAGAAGAAAAGGGACGAGAAUGUCAAUCCGGAGGAUUAUAUAGCAGUAGCAUCUAGUGAGCAACCAAAGAAGAAAAAACAAAAGAGCAAAUUUUCAUUUUUCUGAAAAUUUACUCUUGGAUCUCGCGUUUUAUUUGUUUGAUUGAUUUGACCUGAAUCCCCUCCCAUUCUCUAAUGACUAAUAUAUGUCGCCGGAAAUCAAGUCUCACAUGCUUGUCGGAAGUGGGCGCUGCCUUAUGUUGUAUGUUGACAUUGGUAGAAAUGGGGAACGAAAGUUUGUAAAAUUUAUUGGACAUCCUGUGAUUUCCAAUCUGGUCUUUUGUGUAUUUGAGACUACAGAACACAAAAUGAUUGGCCAUUGCGUCAUGGCUAGGAUACAAAGGGCAAUGAAGAAAUUAAAGUUGGAAGCUGAUGAGAAACGCAGGUACUUAUGAUAGUUGUGGCACACCCCAGAGAUGUUUCUCAUGGUGCAGCAAAUUCUUUGUUGUGCCGAGCGCCUCGGGAUGUGCCUAGACAUGACUAAGGCAAUUCUCUGCUGUCUGAUUCCUUCAAUGUUGUCGGUACGGAUUUUCAAUGUAAACAUGGUUUUCCUUUGUGAAUUGGUUUCUGGACAGCAUUUUCAAGCAGAAAGUGUCUUCUUUUUAUGUGCUCAAGGCUUGGUUUCCGCUUCUCUUUUUCUAUUGCGACUAUGUGCACCAUGCUGGAAUGAAAUCAAGAUUUCGAAUCUUUUGAUAGGCU